AUAAUAGCCAGUGAUAGUUACUCUAUACUUUAGUUUCCUGGUGAACGUGCAAAGUUUUACAGUUGUAGUUUGAUCGUCAUACAUUUCGAGCAUCACAAAGUUAACUGUAAUAUACCCAAGAAAUGUGGCAAAUAGCAUUAUGUUUAAUAUGCUUCACGUUUGGUGCAUUUGCUGAGGACCGAGAGAUGAUACUUAAUUUUAUGCAGUAUGGAAUUCAACCAGAAAUAAUUCCCUUCUGCCCCCUCGAUAGAUUAAAAGUUGUAUUCGCGGAUAGAUCACAAGCGCAUGGAGGCAAUGAUCUCUCUUAUAAUAAUAUUUCAUACGUACCAGAUAUCAAUUAUAACGCACUUACGGAACGUCUAUAUACAUUGGUUUACAUCGAUGCCGGUGUCACGCAACGGAUAGUUCAUAACUCGAGUCAAUUUAUACAAUGGGUAGUGGUAAACAUACCAGAAAACGAUGUUGGAUUAGGGGAAACUGUACUUCCUUUUGUGGAAUCUCCACCUAAGAACAUAACAAUUAAAGGUUACCAAGCAAUGAGUCGUUAUGUGAUUUUGGCGUACUUGCAAUUCUAUUAUUUAGAAAAAGAUCAAAUUAAAGAGUUUAAAAGUUAUAUCCAAGAUCGAUCCGGUUUUUCAAUAGCAGAUAUAUUAUUUGAAUACAAUAUGACCAUACCUCAAUUUGGUAAUUUCUUUUUGGCCAAACCCAGAGAUUCACACAAAAAAAAAAAGACAGUAAUCCAUAAAUAUUCAUGGAAUGAUAUGAAACAGAAAAAUAAAUCUUGGAAACAUAGAUCAGUAAAGUCAGGUUCUAUAAAGCUAAAUUCAGAAGGGCGAAAUUCCUCGGAAUCAAAUUCUGCUGAGUCAAAAUCAGAAGGACAAAGUUCUUCGAAGUCAAGUUCUGCCGAAUCAAAUUUAGAAGGGAUAGAUUCUUCAAUGUUAAAUUCCUCAGAGCAAGUCAAAGGAGAACUAACUUAUGAUGAGCCAAAUGAAUGUGAUUCAAGAUAUUAAUCCUGAAAUUUUAGACAUCUAUGAUCUAUUCAUGAACAUUUUUAAGAAGAAAAUACAUUAUAAAAAAUAAAUUCUCUUCCAAUAUCA